ACAACAAAUAAUUCCCAACUUUCCCACGCUUAUUCUUAUUCCACACUUCACUCACAGCACACUAACUGCGUGUCUUGGUGCGUGAAAAAAUCUAACGAUUUGAAGCCUCCCAGGACAUGAGGAAAAAAGAAUUACAAAGAAAAAGUGAAAAACCCUGUUAUAUUUCUUUCAUAAGAUUGUCUUUUUUGGAUAGUGAUGGCGAAUAGUGGUGUUUUUGAAGGGGAUUCAGGAAUGGUGGCUAAGGCCACUGAAUUGAAGAAUGAAUUGCAGAAAAUUGUGAAGGCAAUUGUUGAUGAAGAUGAUAUUAAUGUGGACGCAAUCGAUAAAACCCAGCAAAUUUUGGGCGCUUUAAAGGAAUUGAAAUUAAAGAAACCAAUUUCUUUGGAGGUUGAUGAUACCGUGGAGGUGCCGGAGGAAUUUAAGUGCCCAAUUUCAAAGGAACUUAUGAGGGAUCCUGUUAUAAUUUCCACUGGACAGACUUAUGAUAGGCCCUUCAUUGAGACUCGUUUAAAUGCUGGGAAUAGGCUGUGCCCGAAAACGCAGCACGUAAUCUCUCAUACUUUUCUUACACCGAAUAACUUGAUUAGAGAAAUGAUAACGUCCUGGUGCAAGAAUCAUGGAAUUAAAUUGCCGGACUGUGUUCAGCAUUCCAAUUAUGAUGGCUUAACGAAAGCGGAUCGGGACCAUUUUAUUACUUUGUUGGAGAAUAUGUCCAAAAACCUGUCUGCUCAAAGAGAUGCGGCAAAAGAAUUGCGGGAAUUAACAAGAAGUGUGCCAUCAUUCCGAGCACUUUUUGGUGAAUAUCCUAAUGCCAUACCUCAGUUGCUGUUCCCCUUUUCUCAAAAGCCUUCAAGUGAAAUUCUAUCAAGCCUCCAAGAAGAUAUAAUCACAACACUUUUGAAUAUUUCCAUCCACGAUGAUAAUAAAAAGCUAGUUGCAGAAGAACCAAUGGUUUUUCCUCUUCUUGUGGAUGCAUUAAGAACAGGAACAACAGCAACAAUGGGGAAUGGAGCGGCAGCCCUUUUCUCAUUGUCAGCUCUUGAUUCAAAUAAGGAGCGCAUUGGUAAAUCUGGUGCAUUGAAACCACUCAUUGAUCUAUUAGACGACGGGCAUCCAGAAGUUAUAAAAGAUGCUGCUUCUGCUAUUUUUAAUCUAUGCAUUAACCGCGAGAAUAAAGUGAGAGCUGUUAGAGAUGGUGCUGUGAGAGUGAUACUGAAAAAGAUCGUGAGAAGGAUACUUGUUGAUGAGUUGUUAUCUAUUCUUGCCAUGCUUUCAAGCAUUCAAAAGGCAGUCGAGGAAAUGGGAGAGCUUGAGGCAGUUCCAUGCUUGCUGUGUAUAAUUAGAGAGAGCGCCUGUGAUCGUAGCAAGGAGAAUUGCAUAGCAAUCCUUCAUACUAUAUGUUUUAGUGAUCCAACGAAGUGGAAGGAGAUAAGGAACGAGGAAAGUACUUACCGUACAAUCUCUCAGCUUGCUCAAAGUGGGACGUCCAGAGCCAAGAGAAAGGCCGGUGUCAUUCUUGAAAGAUUGAAUCGGGCGGUCAAUCUUACCCAUACUGCAUGAUUGGGUACUCUGAGCACACAUUCUGUAAAUUCUGCAUCUUCUACUUUUCCUUCACAAUGAUUGCAGCAUGUUUGGUAGGGAGAUUGGAUAUAAUUGAACAAAAAUGACAAAAAAGAGCUAAAAUCUCGUUCAGUAAACUAUCCAUUCCCGUCCUUAUCAAACAUGCACUUAGAUUUCUUGUAGUCCCAUCUAGCUUACAUUCUGUAUCUUCUGUUGUCUAAGAAAGACUGAUCCCAUGUUUUGAUAUAGUUACUGUGAAUAAUUACCAUGGAAACCUUUACAGAUAAUAAGUUUCUCUUUCCUAUUGUUCAGUAAUUGACACAUAUCGUCUUUUCAGUA